GGACGCCUCGACAGACCCCGCCCGAAACCCCGUCACUGACGUCAGCGGCCGCCUGGGGGCGCUCAAGGCGCGGCCCGCGCGAGUGACGUCAUCAGAGGCGGUCUGCGGAGCCUGCUGUGCUGCCGGGUGUCGCAUGACGUCACUGAGCAGUCCGGAAGCACCCGCACGUGUGCUCGCAGCUCGGCUCUGGGUCCUGGCGCCGCUGUCACCGGCCAUGGGUCGUUCCCGCCGGACGGGCGCGCACCGAACGCACUCCCUGGCCCGCCAGAUGAAGGCGAAGCGGCGGCGGCCGGACCUGGAUGAGAUUCACCGCGAGCUGCGGCCCCAGGUUUCCGCACGGCCCCGGCCAGACCCCGGCGCCGAGCCUGACCCCGACCUGCCAGGGGGCGGCCUGCAUCGCUGUCUGGCCUGCGCGAGGUACUUCAUCGAUUCCGCCACCUUGAAGACCCACUUCCGAUCCAAAGACCACAAGAAAAGGCUAAAGCAGCUGAGCGUGGAGCCUUACAGUCAGGAAGAGGCCGAGAGGGCAGCGGGUAUGGGCUCCUAUGUGCCCCCCCAGCGGCUGGCAGUGCCCACAGAAGUGUCCACAGAGGUGCCUGAGAUGGACACAUCUACCUGACAUGGCCUGAGGAUGCAAAGCAGAGGAGCUGCCCAUGGACAGUGGUGCAAGCGCUAGGCUGGAGAGACUGUGCCAUCCGCUUUUGGCUCUGGGUUUGAGGAGUGGAUGGCCCACUCUGGGUCCCCUCCCCCCAAUAAAGGAACUGGAUGAAGGGG